CAUUGCUGUAACGAUACCCUCUUUUGCUUCUGAUUUUUUCCCAUUGAUUCUCCACCAAUCGACAAUCACUCCACUUUCUGUGCCUUCCACAUGUUUUCCUGCUCACUUAGUACAAUCACUCUCUCUCUCCCCUUGUCAAUAUAUUUUCUCAGUUUCUACGAUUCGGUUUUUUUCUUCCUCCUUUUGUUGGCCAGCACAUGCUCAUGUGUUCAUACCAAAGAGAUUGUCGAACCCAUUAGAUGAAAACCUGUGAAGAACCAUUUGUUGUGUUGUUUUGGCACUGUUAGUGGCUCUUUCACAGCUUAUUUCCAUUUGGGUCUAUUCAAUAUUGAGCGAAUUAACCUCCACUCGUACCUCCGAUUCUGUGAAAAUCUCGCAUGUUGGUGUCUCAAGUGUAUCAAGAAGGUUGAAGGAGUAUAUAGAGAUAGAAGUGGGUAUCAGUUAAGAGGGCUCGGAGAUUGAGAAGCAGAAAAAGGAUUGAUAAUGAAGAUUCAGUGUGAUGUAUGUGAGAAAGCUCCAGCCACAGUGAUUUGUUGUGCAGAUGAGGCUGCUCUCUGCCAGAAAUGUGAUGUUGAAGUUCAUGCCGCAAACAAGUUAGCAAGUAAGCACCAGAGGCUUCUCCUUCAAUGCCUCUCCAACAAGCUCCCUCGAUGUGACAUAUGCCAAGAGAAGGCAGCUUUCAUUUUCUGUGUUGAAGAUAGAGCACUCUUCUGUAAGGACUGUGAUGAACCCAUACAUUCCGCUGGCAAGCUUUCUGCUAAUCACCAGCGGUUCCUGGCUACUGGUAUUCAGGUGGCUUUGAGCUCUAGCUUCACCAAGGGUACUGAAAAGAGCGGCUUAGACCCACCACCGAAUCAGAGUUCAAAGCAAACAUCUACAAAAACUCCCGUGCAGCCACAAUCCAGCUUCACUUCUCCAUGGGCUGUUGAGGACUUCCUACCGUUCUCAGAUUUUGAAUCUUCCAACAAGAAAGAGCAACUUGAGUUUGGGGAGUUUGAAUGGCUAGCAGACAUGAAUCUUUUUGGUGAGCAACUUCCUCAAGUAGCCUUAGCUGCAGCUGAAGUUCCUCAGCUUCGAAUGUCGCAAUCGAACAACGUCAGCUCUUACAGACCUCCUAAGUCUAGCCUGCCCCACAAGAGGCCCCGAAUUGAGAUCUUGAACGACGAUGAUGAUUUCUUUACUGUACCUGAUCUUGGCUAGACGCACACUUUAGGUCUGUAUUAGUUAUUGAUGUGAUAUAAGGUUAUUUUGGGUAUUUUACAUUGUAAAAAUUAUGGUUAGUUACCGCUAAACAGUGUGUCUGUUAAGUAGUUCAAUAUGCUUUUGCCACGUGUACUGGCUUAGCCUUGGCAGGUACAAAUACCAGAUGUAAUCGUUGAGUAAGGCAGCUAGGCUAAUAAUAAGAGUUUGGCGUGAGGAUUCUCUCACGAGAGGAGUUCUUCUUGUUUCUCUAA